UCAGCUGCUCCAAAGGGCCCUAAAAUCUUCAUGACCCCCACCAGAGCAAAGGUGGGGGACACGGUGCGCAUCACAGUGCAAGGAUUCCAGAAUGAAGUGUUCCCCGAGCCUCUCUAUACCUGGACACGAGUGGGGGGCCGCCUGCUUGAUGGCAGCGCCGAGCGAGAUGGGAAGGAACUGAUUCUGGAGAGAGUGCCAGCCGAGCUCAACGGCUCCAUGUAUCGCUGCACGGCCCAGAAUCCUCUGGGCUCCACGGAUACGCACACUCGCCUCAUAGUCUUUGAAAAUCCAAGCAUGAUGAAAAACACACAGAAUCAGAAUAGUAAGUAUUACAUCCACAAACAUCACUAG